CGUAACGGUGCGGGAGUUUUACGAAGUCUAAACAAAACUAACUCAGCUAGUUGAAUUCAGGGGAUCCGUUGUCAUUCGAACCUAGUUCUCCCAUAAUUUCCUAUGCAGUGUGAGGAAUGAAAAUAGACAAGUGUGUUUCAAGUUUUUCAUUUUAAGCUGACAAUAUACUCCAAGGAAUAUGAACGAAUGAUUGGUUAAUUCUCAUGUGCAAUCAAAAGUUAUUCAAAAGUGGAACAUUGACCGCUGCAUUAAAGGGGUCAUCUCUGUCAUUGCUAGUGGUUUGUUAUGAAAGUUAAUCAAGUACUGGAGGAGAAAAGUGAAUUACGACAAGCAAAAGGAUCCAGAAUGGCACCCAAUUCGAGAGACGGAGUGACGAAGAAUGACGUUGUUAAUGUAAAAAAUCACUGUGAUGGGGGUGAGGAGAUGAAAAUGUACAAACCUGCUAUCAAGUGGCCGGAUCUGGUGGUUCAAAUUUUCAUACAUGCAGGCUGUGGAUAUGGACUUUAUUUAAUUUUCACAGAGGCCAAGUGGCUCACAACACUCUGGGCUUUCUUAACAAUCUACAUAUCUGGCUUUGGAAUUACUGCUGGAGCUCAUAGAUUGUGGUCUCACCGAUCGUACAAAGCUACGUGGCCCCUGCGACUGAUUCUCGUUUUGUUAUUUACGAUAACAGGGCAGAGGCACGCGUACGCAUGGGCUCUAGACCACAGGGUCCACCACAAAUACAGUGAGACUGAUGCUGACCCGCACAAUGCAAAACGUGGUUUCUUUUUCGCCCACGUUGGUUGGCUCUUUACAACUCCCCAUCCCGAUGUCGAGGAGAAACGUGCGGCUGUUGACAUGAGCGAUCUGGAGGCUGAUGGAAUUGUCAUGUGGCAGAAAAAAUAUUAUAUUCCACUUUUUGCUCUUCUUGCCAUUGGCUUGCCCGUUUGGGUACCCUGGUACUUCUGGAAUGAAACCCUGUGGACAUCGUUCUGGGUCAACUUUAAUUUUCGCUUCUGCGUUACACUCAAUAUCGCAUUCUUCGUUAAUAGUGUCGCCCAUAUGUGGGGUCAGAGGCCGUAUGACAAAUACAUUUCUCCAGUAGAGAAUAUUGCGGUAUCGAUAGCAGCACUGGGCGAAGGUUGGCAUAAUUAUCAUCACGUAUUUCCAUGGGAUUACAAAACCGGUGAGUUGGGUGAUUACUCAUUGAACAUAACGACUUGUUUUAUCGACGCAUUUGCGCACAUCGGAUGGGCCUAUGAUCGUAAGUACGUAUUACCGGAAAUGGUGCGGAGGAGGGCGAUGAGAUCCGGCGAUGGAUCUCACGUACCGAGUGUUUGGGGAUACGGUGACACUGACAUACUCCAAGAGGAGGUUCACGAGUUGGAGAGGAUGAAAGAUUCCAAGUGCCAUUAAUUCAUAAAAAUCCCGAGGCCCAUUAAAAAGAUAUUUAAAAGAUAUAGAAUAUUCUGCCAAUGCUACAUUUUACAAACAUUGAGAAUACAUAAAAAUACAUAUGAGACAUAUAUUUUAUAUAUUUUUUAAAUAUAGUGUGGGCCAAUUGAAAUUUUUAUAUUAUAAUUUUUUUGAUCAUAAUUUUUUUUCUUCUAACUAUACAAUUUGUUUCGUUAAUUUCGUGUUCAGUUUGAAAUUAUUGUACUUACUGGAGCAUCAGUAUUAACUUUCAUAGGUGUUCAGAAUGAGAAUUAUUCAUUUUUAGGAGGUACCUUUGUAUUUUCAUUUUUAUGAUUAAAAAUUGUGUGAUUCUUCAAGCAUG